AUCUGUUAGCAAUGCUCAAAAACAAGAAAUUACGUACUUAUCUUAAAACAAAGUGGUUAGUAGUUUUUUGGGGAAAUAUAGUUGCACUGUACCAUAUCCGGAAGCUUCAUUAUAUCCAAAACCGCCAAUUGGAGAAAAAUGACAAAAUGUCAUAAUAUGAUUCAUUCAUCACUUUCCUCACUCCAAUUGGCCCAAACGUUCUUGAUUUUCUUGAAUUUUUAUUAUAACUAAAGUUUUUUUAGAUAUUUAUUUAUAUCACCAAACCAAUCAAUCCAAUGUGCUCUAACAAUUCCUCACACCCUUAAAAAAAAAAAAAAAAAAAAAAAAAAAAAACCAUGUCUCCCAAUAGUUUCAUAACAACAAAUUGUCUAACCAUUUACAAUUACACCUCACUCUAUUUUCCAUUUCAUUCGCCAUUUUUAUAGCUCCAUCUAACUCGUUCUAAUUACUCUUUCAAACCCAGAAAAAACGUUUCUUUUUUUUCUCAAAGUCCUACUUUUGAUCAUGGUUGGUUAUUCAAAUUCCGAUCAUUUCAAUCACUACCCAGGUUAGAUCUUCACUUUUUCUCAUCUGGGUAAUUGAAAAGAGAAAAAAAUGGAUGAAUCGGAGGAGCGAAAGAAGGCCAAUUUUCCCAGAAACAUUUUGUUUGGGAAAUACGAGAUGGGAAGGCAACUUGGGCAAGGAACAUUUGCUAAAGUGUAUUACGGUAAGAAUCUUGUUACAGGUGAAAGUGUAGCGAUUAAGGUUAUUAAUAAAGAUCAGGUGAAAAAAGAAGGCCCAAUUGAUCAAAUCAAGAGAGAAAUCUCAGUGAUGAGAUUAGUUCGUCACCCAAAUAUUGUUGAACUCAAAGAAGUAAUGGCCACAAAAGGUAAAGUUUAUUGUGUUAUGGAAUAUGUUAAAGGUGGAGAAUUAUUCGCCAAAGUGUUGAAAGGUAAAUUAAAAGAAGAAAUUGCUAGAAAAUACUUUCAACAAUUGGUAAGUGCAGUUGAUUUUUGUCACAGUCGUGGUGUUUCGCAUCGAGAUUUGAAACCAGAAAAUCUUUUGUUGGAUGAAAAUGGUGAUUUAAAGGUUUCUGAUUUUGGUCUCUCUGCUUUGCCGGAACAGCUCAGAAAUGAUGGGUUGCUCCACACACAGUGCGGUACACCUGCUUACGUGGCACCGGAGAUCUUGAAGAGAAAAGGGUAUGAUGGUGCUAAGGCUGAUAUUUGGUCUUGUGGGAUAAUCUUGUUCGUAUUGUUAGCUGGUUAUCUUCCAUUUCAAGAUGAAAAUGUUAUGAAAAUGUAUAGAAAAGUUUUCAAAGCUCAAUACGAAUUCCCCCAAUGGUUUUCGGAGGAAUCCAAGACUUUGAUAUCCAAACUCCUUGUUGUUGAUCCGGAAAAGAGAAUCUCUAUUCCGGAUAUAAUGAAAAACUCCUGGUUUUACCAGGGGUUUACUCGUCCAAUAAUAGAAUAUUCUUCUAUUAUUGAUGACGAAGACAAAGAAGACGAAGAAGAAUUAGUAAUAACUAAAUCUCCUUCUUCUUCAUCUUCCUUAUCUUCUCCUCCGUUUUACAAUGCUUUCGAGUUCAUAUCUUCGAUGUCUUCGGGUUUUGAUUUGUCGAGUAUGUUCGAGAACAAGAGGAAAUCGAGAUCGAUGUUUACUUCGAAAUGCUCUGCCUUGGCUAUUUUAGUGAAGCUUCAAUCUGUUGCUAAGAAGCUUAAUUUUGGGUUUUGUUUGGAGAAGGAAUACAAAGUGAAAAUGAGUAAAAAAAUUGAAGGGAGAAAAGGGAAGUUGGCGGUGGUGGCGGAGGUUUACGAGGUGGCACCGGAGCUCGCGGUGGUGGAAUUCUCGAAAUCGAGUGGAGACACAUUUGAGUACAAUAAGUUCUGUGAUGAAGAUGUUAGGCCUGCGUUGAAGGACAUUGUUUGGAGUUGGCAAGGUGAUGAGAGUAACUGUCACCAACUGUAAUACCAGAUUUCUAAUUAGUCUUAAUUUAGUUCUUAAUUUUCUUAGAUUACUUAUUUCCAAUAUAAUGUAAAAGAAAAUAUUGUUAUUAUUUGAUUAGUAUUUGCCUUUUUUUCUUUUUUUUGGAUUAAGAAAAAAUGUGAGUGUGUAUAUGAUGAGUAUUUUUGGAAAAUUUUGAAAUUAUUAGCAAUUAUUAAUGUUUUUAUCUUUGGUUA